AUGGCAGCACUCGAUCUUAUCGUGCAAGCAGACACCGUCGCUGACAUACGGAAAGCAAAAGAGCUUGGGAAUAUGGCUGUGCUAUUAAGUCGGCAGAAUACGGCAGGCAUUGAAGAUCAGCUCGACUACUCUCGCGUGGUUCGUGACUUGGGUGUGCGCAAGAUGCAAUUGACGUGCAACACGCAGAACUACUAG